AUGAGCACCCAAACAAAAGACCAAAACGUGCCCCAAGUAGCACAAGACGCUGUAUUAGUGCGUUCCGAGGACUUGGAAGGAAAACAUCUUCAAGUUGGUGGCUAUGACUUUAACAAAGGUGUAAAUUAUGAGAAACUCAUGCAAUCGUACGUGACGAUGGGCUAUCAAGGCACGAAUUUGGGUAAAGCCAUUGAAGAGAUCAAACGUAUGCGGAAGUGGCGCUUAAGUGACGACCCUGUCUCAUUAGACGAACAUGACGAAGAGCGUAAAGACGUGACCUUCCGAUCGACGAUCAAGACUAAGAUUUUUCUGGGUUAUACGUCUAAUUUGAUCUCUAGCGGCUUGCGAGAGUCGUUACGUUUCCUGGUUCAGCACAAGAUGGUGAACGUUAUUGUAUCAUCUGCUGGUGGUAUUGAAGAGGAUUUUAUCAAGUGUUUAGCACCAACGUAUAUUGGAGACUUUUCGCUUCAAGGUGAAAACUUGCGUCGUCGUGGGAUCAAUCGGAUUGGUAAUUUACUUGUACCGAAUGACAAUUAUUGUAAGUUUGAAGACUGGAUGGACCCUAUUUUGGACAAGAUGCUAGAGGAACAGAAGACAGAGGGAACGGUCUGGUCACCUUCGACUAUGAUUCACCGUUUUGGUAAGGAGAUUAAUCAUGAGGACUCGGUCUAUUAUUGGGCAUACAAGAACAACAUUCCUGUCUUUUGUCCAUCGCUCACGGAUGGAUCUAUUGGUGACAUGAUUUACUUUCAUUCAUAUCGAAAUGAAGGACUUGUGGUAGACAUUGCUAGUGACAUUCGUCGUAUAAACGACCACGCUAUUCGUGCACCUGGUAAGACUGGAGUUAUCAUUUUGGGUGGAGGUAUGGUCAAGCAUCACAUCUUGAACGCCAACCUCAUGCGCAAUGGCGCUGAUUAUGGCGUGUUUGUAAACACGGGACAAGAGUUUGAUGGUAGCGAUGCUGGUGCCCGCCCUGAUGAGGCAAUUUCGUGGGGCAAGCUGCGACUUGAAUCGAAGCCGGUGAAGCUUUACGCGGACGCGACCCUUGUAUUCCCGCUUAUUGUGGCCGAGACUUUUGCAAAGGACUUUCACGCUCAACAGAAGCAAGUGGAAACAGGCGCUGCUGACAAGAGCUCGUAA